ACUCUGCUGGCAUCUGGCCAGCAGAGACGUCUUAUAAAGAGAAGUGCCUGCACAGGUUUGCUAGACACAAGAAGAGGGAGCUGCAACCGACACUGACAGCAUCACAGAUUUGCCUCCACAGACUUCACCAUGCGGUUCAACACGCUGUUCUUCCUGCUGAUUCUUUCUUGUCUCUGCUUCACAUGGGCACAAGUGUCCUACGAGGACUGCUGCCUGAAGUAUGUGAAGAAUCUCGCCAACAACGUUCAAAAGCACGCAGUGAACUACAGACGCCAGAGAACAGAUGGCGGCUGCAACAUCCCUGCUGUAAUCUUCAUCAUGAGGAGGGGACGCAAGUUUUGCACAGACCCCAAUGAGAAAUGGGUCAAGGAGCUUGUGCUGAAGAUUGACGAGAAGAAUGAGAAGAAUGAGAAGAAAGAGAAAAAGCAUUUUAGGCAUCCAAGAAGAGGCUGAAGAGGACGGCUCCCCGCAGCGACACCACCUUCAAUCUUCCUGCUGUUUGCAGUUUUUAUUACCGAGCAAAGAGYGGCUUUUACGGCGAUUUUAUGGAGUCUGACUGGAGUCAGGAGGCUGGCCAAGAAAAUGUUGCAGCUCUGCUUUUGCUUUCGCUCAGCAUUAACACAACAGGUCAAGAGCUACUCUAGAGUUGCAGCUGCACUUUGCUGUUAACAAAUGGACGUUUUAAACUGAUAGGUGACCACAGAAUAUAUUCACAGACCACACAUUUCAACGCAUUGCUGCUUCAGCAACCGUUUUCAUUCCAUCAAACAUGAAAUAAGCUGUUUGAUUGUAGAAAUGGUGAUGGAGAGUAAAUUAUAAGUGUUCAUACAAUAUUUAAUACAUCUGCAGUGUCUACACAUUUCAUUUAGGUAAUUAUAUGACUGGAACUGUAAUUGCUUUUUUAAAGUUUGUGCCAUAGAAAAUGAGAAGCUUUGUCAUWCUUUAAUUUAGAUAUUUUUUUAAGUGUCUUUCAUUUCAUACCUUUGUGUACAGGUUUUAUAGCAAAUUAUGUGCUCUAAUAAAAAAAUKUAAUCAUAACAUCUCA